AUGUCCUCCGCCGCCUGCAUCUUCUGCAAGAUCAUCAAGGGUGAAAUCCCUUGCAUGAAGCUCUUUGAGAACGAAAAGGUUCUCGCCUUCCUCGAUAUUGGCCCUCUUAGCAAGGGUCACGCUCUCGUCAUUCCCAAGUACCACGGUGCCAAGCUUGCCGACGUCCCUGAUGACCAGCUCACCGACAUCCUCCCUACCCUGAAAAAGCUCAUCAAGGCCACCGGUGCCGUCGACUACAACAUCCUCCAGAACAACGGCACCAUCGCUCACCAGCAGGUUCAUCAUGUUCACUUUCACAUGAUCCCGAAGCCUAACGAGACCGAGGGCCUGGGAAUUAGCUGGCCCACUCAGGAGGGUAACAUGGAGCAGCUCAAGGCGCUCUGCGAGGAUAUCAAGUCCCGGAUCUAA